AUGCCUGCCAUUCAACGCUUGACUCGCGCAGCCUACGCCAGCCCGGCCCGCUUCCUGAUACCGCGCAACGGCUCCUCAGACCACGACAACAAAAAUGGCGGCGUCCGAAUCAUCUCCGGUGGAAUCAUCGCCGUCAUUAUCGUUUGCGUUCUUGUCCUACUCUCUGUAGGCGACAAUUCCGGCAACGGUAACAAGACUGGGCUCGAUCCGACCAAGUACAUCAAGAAAGCUAUCAAGAAGUGCAUGAAAAAGAUCAAGAAGAUGGUAUCAAGGAAGAACAAAAAGACCAAGGCUGGGGCGACCGCCAACCAAGACCAAGAAACUCUAUACGGCCAAGGAACUCAUCCCGGCUACGGGCAAAAUGAGCGCUCAAUGGGAUACAGCGGAGGGUAUGACAGACUAGAUGACGAUAACGAGGAGCGGGUCGCAUUAUCGUCGGCACCUUAUGGUGCCAGGAACGACCAGUAG